UUGGCUUUCCUACCGUUUUGAGGCUGUGGAGUUUUCCAUAACGCCAUGAUUUCAUCCAGCGAAUAUGGUCCCAAUUCCUGGGAACUCCUUGUUACUAUUGACCAUCAGUAUGAAGGAGAGCAGAAAGAGAGCACGCUUCGCGUUUCGGGGGAUCUCCAUAUUGGUGGAGUGAUGCUCAAGCUUGUAGAACAAAUCAAGAUCUCGCAGGAUUGGUCCGACUAUGCCCUUUGGUGGGAGCAGAGGCAGUGCUGGCUUCUCAAAACCCACUGGACGCUGGAUAAAUAUGGAGUACAAGCAGAUGCCAAGCUCUUGUUCACCCUUCAGCACAAAAUGCUGCGCCUUCGCUUGCCGAGCAUGAAAAUGGUGAGGCUGAACGUCAGCUUCUCUUCGGUGGUGUUCAAGGUAGUCAGUGACAUCUGCAAGGCUCUUGGAAUUAGGCGGGCAGAAGAACUUUCUCUGCUGAGGCGAUCGGAAGAUACGAAAAAGAAAAAGAAGAAAGACAAGAACAAAGAACCAGUCAUAGAAGAUAUUUUAAAUUUUCCCCACUCCCCAGGGAGUCUAGGGUUGCCAGCAAGUCCCGGCUUAUACAGCAAGACCAUGACUCCCAUUUACAGUCCUACCAGUGGCACGCCUGACUCUUCAACAGUGGCGUGGUUCGGUGACAGCCCACUGGCCAGACAGAAUUGGAACAACCUUGCUUCCAGCCAACCCAGUUGUACAUCAGAAAUGCUUGCUGAACUGUACCAGCCCCGAACUUUAGUCGACAAAGCGAAACUCAGCGCAGGAUGGUUAGAUUCAUCUCGAUCACUUAUGGAACAAGGGGUUCAGGAGGACGACCAGCUUCUGCUACGCUUUAAAUACUAUUCGUUCUUUGAUUUGAAUGCAAAAUAUGAUGCGAUUCGUAUCAACCAGCUGUACGAACAAGCCCGGUGGGCUAUUCUGCUGGAAGAAAUUGACUGCACGGAGGAAGAAACCUUCAUCUUUGCUGCAUUGCAGUAUCACAUCAGCAAGCUGUCAUUAUCAGGGCUGCAAGAUUUCACAACUGAAGCUGAAACGGAUGAAGUGGAGGCUGCUCUUUUGAAUCUUGAAGUAACUCUAGAGGGUGGGAAAACAGAGAAUAUUUUGGAGGACAUCACAGACAUACCGAAACUUGCAGAUAACCUCAAGUUAUUUAGAUCGAAAAAGCUGACGCUGAAAGCGUUCAAGGAAUAUUGGUUUGUCUUCAAGGACACAUCCUUAUCUUACUUUAAAAAUAAGGAAGCUGAACAUGGAGAACCCAUUGAGAAACUGAACCUAAGAGGGUGUGAAAUUGUGCCAGAUGUAAGCGUAUCAGGGAAGAAAUACGGAAUUAAGUUACUCAUCCCUGUGGCUGAUGGAAUGAAUGAAGUACACUUGAGAUGUGAUAACGAAAAUCAGUAUGCAAGAUGGAUGGCCGCUUGCACCUUGGCGUCCAAAGGGAAGACCAUGGCUGACAGUUCCUACCAUCUUGAAGUCCAUAACAUUCUGUCAUUCUUGAAAAUGAAAAGCAGGACUGCUGCCCACCAAGCGUUUUCUGAGCCAGAGAGCAUGGAUAUGAAACCAGAGUGCUUUGUCUCGCCACGAUACACGAAGAAAUACAAGCCCAAACAGCUGGCAGCUCGCAUUCUGGAAGCCCACCAGAACAUUGCCCCCUUGUCUCUGAUGGAAACCAAAUUUCGGUUUAUCCAGGCAUGGCAGUCGCUCCCUGAGUUUGGCUUGUCCUACUACAUUGUGAGAUUUAAAGGAAGCAAGAAAGAUGAUCUUCUGGGAAUCUCUUAUAACAGAUUGAUACGGAUCGAUACUGCCACCGGGGAUCCAAUUACAACGUGGAGAUUCUCGAAUAUGAAACAGUGGAAUGUGAACUGGGAGAUACGACAGGUUGCAAUUGAAUUUGAUCAGAACGUGUCGAUUGCUUUCACUUGCCUGAGCGCCGAUUGCAAGGUAGUCCAUGAAUACAUCGGCGGCUAUAUCUUCCUGUCAACCCGGGCCAAAGACCAGAAUGAAACGCUGGAUGAAGACUUGUUCCAUAAGUUAACGGGAGGGUGGGAGUGAGUUGAAACGACACCUGGGUUACGUCCGCUCAAGAAAACCACAAAACAAGAAUGUCUCCUACACACAUCUCUUUUGAACAGGAGCCAGGGUGUUUGGCUGCUCUGGUCUUAAAUCUUUUUCCUCCUCCAUAUAAUUUAACUCAGGGGUAGCCAAGUUAAAUUGAAAUACUUAAAACCUAUUUCACUCCAACAAAAUACUAUUGGGGGUGGGGGUGCACAGUUCUGUUUCUCUGCCAUUUUAUUAAGAUGCUUGGAAAGCAAUUAAGAUCCUGAUCCUAUGUAUAUAUAAGGCACAAGUUGCUCUUUACGUCCUUGCUGCCCCUUUCCAUGUGCCCUACUGUGCACUGGAGAGUCCCUGCCACCCUAUCAGCCGUCCUUAGGGGUGCCAUUCCCCCACCUGGGGCAGGGGAUCCCCUGCUCCCACCCUUCCCUCCCCCAUGCCCACUUACUUGGCCAGCAGGGGGGCACACUUCCGCACCCACAGCAGCCUGAUCCGGGCCGAAACGUGCCCUGCAGCAGGCCCAUUUCAAGCCAAAUUGUGCCCCCAGCGGGCCCGUUUCAAACUGAAUUGGCACGCAGUGGGCCAGUGCAGCCUGUGGGAGCACUCCCAGCCACCCUUUGACCCCCUGCGUGAUGAUGUCACUUCCCAGAAGUGACAUUAUCAUGCAAGCCAGGAGCAUGUGCACUGCACGCGUGCACAAAACGGGGGCCCAGCAAGGUAGGUACCAGGCUCCCAAUCUCUCGCCAGCGGAGUCAAAGGACCUGGCAACCCUCGUAGUCCUUCAAGAUGCCUUUGCAAGAUAGCGGCAUGUAUGGAGUGGAAUGUGGAGGGGGACCAACCAGUUCAGGCCUUUGCUGCAUUUUCCACCAAAAUUAGUGCCAUGAGAAAAGCUUGUUCAAAAAGUUGCACGAGUUGGCCGUGGGAGUCUUUUCUCAUGCAACACGUGGUGUAAAACAGCCUUUCCAUGAGCAGAAUACGGAAGUUCUGAAAUCCACAAAACAGAAUGUGUCUUCCCUGUGCGGGAGCAGGAGGUUUGCUGUGGGACCUGAUUUAUAGUAUUACAAGAGCACAAAUGCUUACAGAAAAUCACUAGCAGUCGUUCACGGGUUUGGGAUCCAUCCCCUGCACCCCGUCUUUUGAUACUGCUGAAUUCCAUGUCAUUAGUGAUCCAAAGAGCCCUUUGCGUGCACCUGAAGCACUGCAACACAAGCCUGGAAACGUUGUGAGGCUCAGUUGUUGGGGGAUGUUAAUGAAAGGGGAGCCCCAAAAUUGCCUGUUCUUGCAAAGAACUCCCUGGGAGUUCUUUCGGGUUCUGACUGCCAUACGGUUCCUGCUCUAAAAUGUAGAGCAAGGCGUCAGUCCUACAUGUAUUUUCUUGAAAUCCGUGGUAUUUGCUUCCAAGGAAGCAUGCAGAAUUCACAUGACAAUUUGUGUGUAAUAUUUGUACCACAAAUGUUAAGAUUGUCAAUUCUUUACAUAUGCUAUAUUAUGCUGGAUUUUUUAAAGUCUGCUGUUACCAAUUUUAACUGAGGUAUCCACAGAGAAGAAAGGUGCUAAGCCAGUGAGAAUAAAAUGCCAUAUGUGUUAAUGUGUGAUGAGUAAAGUUAUAUAUGUUUUUAUAAGUAAAAGCAUGUUUUUUAUUCUUGCAAAAAUAUCCAAAUAAAUGCACAACUGCAGUGUUUAUUUUAUUUUUGUUAUUGUUGCUUUUAGAGUUUUCCUCAAACUUAGAAUUUCUUAUUUCAUCUUCAUCAGUGGUUUUGCAAAGUCAAUGCAAUUUUUAAGCCGUUUUUUCACAAUUUCAAAGACAUUUUGAAUUUAAACUGUGCUCCUACAUGUUGUUAUGUAGUUAACUACUUAUGUUGGGAGAGCGUACAGACUUUGAUUGUGGCUUUAAUUCUGUACUAUGUUUGAUACUUCCUAAGGGAAGGCCGGAAACAGCAGGAUCUAUCAUGAGUGGAUCUAACCCACAUGAGAAUCUCCUUCCCAAGGAACCUUUUUUGGGGUUGAAUUAUAAAUUGUAUUGUGUUUUGAUUACUGUGAGUGCCUUUGAUAAUCCAUUUUUGGAGGAAAGAGCUUAUAAAUAAAGAUCUUUUUAAACAA